GGUUUGCGCGGCUGAGCAGAGCCUGCCUGGUUGCGUGGAGGGUUGUUUUAUUCCCACCCCCCCCCCUUUUUCCGGAGUCUUAUUAAUUUCUCUGUGGGGCUGCAGCUGGAGAACGCGGAGCGUUAGAAAUGACGCUCGGAGCUUUAAUUACCGCAGCCGCCGGACAAGUGUGAGGAAAGCUGACAGGAAAAAGAAGGACGGGAUCCGGGGAGAAGCGAGAAGCUCCCCCCGCCCCCCUUCCCUCCCGAUUUGGACUGGAGGUGCAAGGAAACUGAAGAAGGAGCCGAACAUAGCCCGGCUGAGGGGGGAGAGGCCGGAAACCUACCCCCGCUUUGCAAUCAACUUUUUUUGGAAACCUGUUUUGCCCCCCUUUCCCUUUUUAUUGUUGACCAACCAGGGAGAGAGAGAGAAAGUGAGGAGGGAGCGAGAAAGCGAAGGCUCACUCGGGGAAAUAGCUGCACAGUCCGGCCGGAGCACACGCGCACACGCUCGAGCACACUCCCACACGCGCUCGCACUCGCGCGCAGCCGCCCCUCCUCCGGCGCCCGGCCCUGGACCCGCGGCGGGUCGCGGACUCGGACGCCCGCCGUGGGAGUCGGCGCCCCGCGCGCGCCGCGCCCGCCCCCCUCGCGCCCUCACGCGCGCCUGGCUGGGGGAUCUCCUCCGCGCGCCCGAAAGGGGGAUAUGCCAUUUGGACAUGUAAUUGUCAGCACGGGAUCUGAGACUUCCAAAAAAUGAAGCUGGCGACAGGACUUUGGGUCUGGGUGAGCCUUCUCCUGGCGGCGGGGACCGUCCAGCCCAGCGCUUCCCAGUCAGUGUGUGCAGGAACAGAGAAUAAACUGAGCUCUCUCUCUGAUCUGGAACAGCAGUACCGAGCCUUGCGCAAAUACUAUGAAAACUGUGAGGUAGUCAUGGGCAACUUGGAGAUAACCAGCAUCGAGCACAACCGAGACCUCUCCUUCUUGCGGUCUAUUCGAGAAGUCACAGGCUACGUGUUAGUGGCCCUUAAUCAAUUUCGUUACCUGCCUUUGGAGAAUUUACGCAUUAUUCGUGGGACAAAACUUUAUGAGGAUCGAUAUGCCUUGGCAAUAUUUUUAAAUUACAGAAAAGAUGGAAACUUUGGACUUCAAGAACUGGGAUUAAAGAAUUUGACAGAAAUCCUAAAUGGUGGCGUCUAUGUAGAUCAGAACAAAUUCCUUUGUUAUGCAGACACCAUUCAUUGGCAAGAUAUUGUUCGGAAUCCAUGGCCUUCCAACUUGACUCUGGUGUCAACAAAUGGUAGCUCAGGAUGUGGACGUUGCCAUAAGUCUUGUACCGGCCGAUGCUGGGGACCCACAGAAAAUCACUGCCAGACUUUGACAAGGACAGUGUGUGCGGAACAGUGUGACGGCAGAUGCUAUGGGCCCUACGUCAGUGACUGCUGUCAUCGGGAAUGUGCUGGAGGCUGCUCAGGACCUAAGGACACAGACUGCUUUGCCUGCAUGAAUUUCAAUGACAGUGGAGCAUGUGUUACUCAGUGUCCCCAAACCUUUGUCUACAAUCCAACCACCUUUCAAUUGGAACACAACUUCAAUGCAAAGUACACAUAUGGAGCAUUCUGUGUGAAGAAAUGCCCACAUAACUUUGUGGUAGAUUCCAGUUCUUGUGUGCGUGCCUGCCCUAGUUCCAAGAUGGAAGUAGAAGAAAAUGGUAUUAAAAUGUGUAAACCAUGUACUGAUAUUUGCCCAAAAGCUUGUGAUGGCAUUGGCACGGGAUCACUGAUGUCAGCUCAGACUGUGGAUUCCAGUAACAUUGACAAAUUCAUAAACUGUACCAAGAUCAAUGGGAAUCUGAUCUUCCUUGUCACUGGUAUUCAUGGGGACCCUUACAAUGCAAUUGAAGCCAUAGAUCCAGAGAAACUGAAUGUCUUUCGGACAGUCAGAGAGAUAACAGGUUUCUUGAACAUUCAAUCAUGGCCCCCAAAUAUGACUGACUUCAGUGUUUUUUCUAACCUGGUGACCAUUGGUGGAAGAGUACUUUACAGUGGCCUCUCCUUGCUUAUCCUCAAGCAACAGGGCAUCACCUCUCUGCAGUUCCAGUCCCUGAAGGAAAUCAGUGCGGGAAACAUCUAUAUUACUGACAACAGCAACCUGUGUUAUUAUCAUACCAUUAAUUGGACAACACUCUUCAGCACAAUCAACCAAAGAAUAGUAAUCCGGGACAAUAGGAAAGCUGAAAACUGUACUGCUGAAGGAAUGGUGUGCAAUCAUCUGUGUUCAAGCGAUGGCUGUUGGGGCUCUGGGCCAGACCAGUGCCUGUCGUGCCGCCGUUUCAGCAGGGGAAGGAUCUGCAUAGAGUCUUGUAACCUCUACGAAGGUGAAUUUCGGGAAUUUGAGAAUGGCUCCAUCUGUGUGGAGUGUGAUCCCCAGUGUGAGAAGAUGGAAGACGGCGUUCUCACAUGCCAUGGCCCGGGACCUGACAACUGUACGAAGUGUUCUCAUUUUAAGGAUGGCCCAAACUGUGUGGAAAAAUGUCCAGAUGGCUUACAGGGGGCAAACAGUUUCAUUUUCAAGUAUGCUGAUCAGGAUCGGGAGUGCCACCCAUGCCAUCCAAACUGCACCCAAGGGUGCAUAGGCUCAAGUAUUGAAGACUGCAUCGGCCUGAUGGAUAGGUGUAACGGUCCCACUAGUCAUGACUGCAUUUACUACCCAUGGACGGGCCAUUCCACUUUACCACAACAUGCUAGAACUCCACUGAUCGCAGCUGGAGUCAUUGGUGGUCUCUUCAUCCUGGUCAUUGUGGGUCUGACAUUUGCAGUUUAUGUUAGAAGAAAGAGCAUCAAAAAGAAAAGAGCUUUGAGAAGAUUCCUGGAAACAGAGUUGGUAGAACCCUUAACUCCCAGUGGCACAGCACCCAAUCAAGCUCAACUUCGUAUUUUGAAAGAAACCGAGCUCAAGAGGGUAAAAGUCCUUGGCUCGGGUGCUUUUGGAACUGUUUAUAAAGGCAUUUGGGUACCUGAAGGAGAAACGGUGAAGAUUCCUGUGGCUAUUAAGAUUCUUAAUGAGACAACUGGUCCCAAGGCCAAUGUGGAGUUCAUGGAUGAAGCUCUGAUCAUGGCAAGUAUGGACCAUCCACAUUUAGUCCGCUUAUUGGGUGUGUGUCUGAGCCCAACCAUCCAGCUGGUUACUCAGCUUAUGCCCCAUGGCUGCCUACUGGAUUAUGUUCAUGAACACAAGGAUAACAUCGGAUCACAGCUGCUGCUCAACUGGUGUGUCCAGAUAGCUAAGGGAAUGAUGUACCUAGAAGAAAGACGGCUUGUUCAUCGGGAUUUGGCAGCCCGUAAUGUCCUAGUGAAAUCUCCAAACCAUGUGAAAAUCACAGAUUUUGGACUAGCUAGACUCUUGGAAGGAGAUGAAAAAGAGUACAAUGCCGAUGGAGGAAAGAUGCCGAUUAAAUGGAUGGCUCUGGAGUGUAUACAUUAUAGGAAAUUCACCCAUCAGAGUGACGUUUGGAGCUAUGGAGUCACUAUAUGGGAACUGAUGACCUUUGGAGGAAAACCCUAUGAUGGAAUUCCAACACGAGAAAUCCCUGAUUUAUUGGAGAAAGGAGAACGUUUGCCUCAGCCUCCCAUCUGCACUAUUGAUGUUUACAUGGUCAUGGUCAAAUGUUGGAUGAUUGAUGCUGACAGUAGACCUAAAUUUAAGGAACUGGCUGCUGAAUUUUCAAGGAUGGCUCGAGACCCUCAAAGAUACCUAGUUAUUCAGGGUGAUGAUCGUAUGAAGCUUCCUAGUCCAAAUGACAGCAAGUUCUUUCAGAACCUCUUGGAUGAAGAGGAUUUAGAAGAUAUGAUGGAUGCUGAGGAAUAUCUGGUCCCUCAGGCUUUCAAUAUCCCACCUCCCAUCUACACCUCCAGAGCAAGAAUUGACUCAAAUAGGAGUGAAAUUGGACACAGCCCUCCUCCUGCCUACACCCCCAUGUCAGGAAACCAGUUCGUAUACCGAGAUGGGGGUUUUGCUGCAGAACAAGGAGUGCCCGUGCCCUACAGAGCCACCACCAGCACCAUCCCAGAAGCCCCAGUUGCUCAGGGUGCUACAGCUGAGAUUUUUGAUGACUCCUGCUGUAAUGGCACCCUACGCAAGCCAGUGGCACCCCGUGUCCAAGAGGACAGCAGCACCCAGAGGUACAGUGCUGACCCCACAGUGUUUGCCCCAGAACGGAGCCCACGAGGAGAGCUGGAUGAAGAAGGCUAUAUGACUCCUAUGCGAGACAAACCCAAACAAGAAUACCUAAAUCCUGUGGAGGAGAACCCUUUCGUUUCUCGGAGAAAAAAUGGAGACCUUCAAGCUUUGGAUAAUCCCGAAUAUCACAAUGCUUCCAAUGGUCCUCCCAAGGCAGAGGAUGAGUAUGUGAACGAGCCACUGUACCUCAACACCUUUGCCAACGCCUUGGGAAACGCCGAGUACCUGAAGAACAACGUACUGUCUGUGCCGGAGAAGGCCAAGAAAGCGUUUGACAACCCUGACUACUGGAAUCACAGCCUGCCACCUCGGAGCACCCUUCAGCACCCAGACUACCUGCAGGAGUACAGCACAAAAUAUUUUUAUAAACAGAAUGGACGGAUCCGGCCCAUUGUGGCAGAGAAUCCUGAAUACCUCUCUGAGUUCUCGCUGAAGCCAGGCACUGUGCUGCCUCCUCCACCCUACAGACACCGGAAUACUGUGGUGUAAGCUCAGCUGUGGUUUUAAGGCGGAGAGACAUGCCCGCUCCAAUUUCCCCACCCCCUCUCUUUCUCUGGUGGUCUUCCUUCUACCCCCAAGGCCAGUAGUUUUGACACUUCCAGGAGGAAGAUAUAGAGAUGCAAUGACAGUUAUGUGCUUAUCUAACUUGAACAUUAGAAGGAAAGACUGAAAGAGAAAGACAGGAGGAACCACAUUGUUUCUUCAUUUCUCUGCAUAGGGUGGUCGACCAAGGAGAAUGGAAUAGCUAGAGAAGGACCAGAAAAUAUAAGGCAAUACUACCUGCUGUCAAACUAGUUCUCACCUUUUCUUUUUUCGUUCUUUCUUUGAUUGUUUAUUCCCCUUCUUCUUCUUCUUCUUCUUUUUUUAAAUGCACAUGGUUGAAACACCCAUGCUAUCUGUUCCUAUCUGCGGGAACUGACGUGUCCAUAUUCAGCAUCCCUGGAAAUCAUAAUAAAACUUCCACUAGAACAAAAGAAUAACCAUCUGAGAUUGAGAAUCCAGUUUCUUUCCCCAACAGAUUCUAUCUUUGCAAGUAAGAAUGGGCAACCCAGCUCCCAUAAAUUUUAAAGUUAUAACCGCUAAUUAUGUUUGGAAUGCUUUUUUAUUUUUUCAUUUUGUUUUGCUUUGACCAGUUCUUUAUAUUAGUGUCUCCCUUAUUUUUGACUUUAAUUUUUAAUUGCAAAAUGUUUAUAUCAAAGCUUCUUGACAGAAUUUAAACAAGAAAUAUUUUAAUAUGGUGAAAUGGCCACUAUUUUAAAUAUACAGUCUUUAAAAUUAGAAGGGGAGGCCAAGAUAUUAGUCAAAUACAACGUCAAGUCUAGCUUUCAUGUUUCACACUAUUAAAUAUAUCCUCUCUCUUUUUUUACAUUCAUCAAUAUUUUCUUCUCCUCUAUAAAUGACAGUACUUGACAGGCAGUUGGUAAUCUUAAGAGUAAAAGGGAAACUGAGGGACAGUUCUCUGUGGUUCAAGGAAACUACUGAUACUUUCAGAGGUGGUACAAGUGGGGAAUCCAUUGAACUGGAAGAAACACACUGGACUGGGUAUGUGUACCUGACAGAUACUCAGAAAUGUAGUUUGCACUUAAGCUGUAAUAUUUUUUGGUUCAUUUUCUGAACUUCAUUUUGGAUUUUGAAUGAAGCAAUAUGGAAGCAACCAGCAAAUUAACUAAUUUAAGUACUUUUUAAAAAAAGAGCUCAGAUAAAGACUGGAAAUGCCAAACCAAGCAAAUUAGGAGCCUGGAAUGGUAUCCAGGGAGAUGGCGAGAGGCUGGCACAUUAUCUACAUAUGAUAUCACAUUUGCUACACAAGGCAAUUUGUUCAGUUUGUAUACUCCAUAAGAAGGAAUACAAGUAAGAAUUGGCUUGAAUUCUAUGGAAUUUCUAGUAUGAGACUCUAUUUAUAUUAAGUAGAAGGUAACUCUUUGCACAUAAAUUGGUAUAAUAAAAAGAAAAAUAUAAACAUUCAAGGAUUAUGGAUAGGUCCUUGGGUCAAAAGUUGUAAAUAAAUGUGAAAAAUCUUCUCAUGCAAUUAUUUUAUUAUCCAACUUACUAAUCUUUUGAUACUUCAUAUAAUAGCUCCUUUCCUCACACAGAACAUCCUACUUCUAGAAACAUCUUUACUAUGUAUCAUUUUGAAAGAAUACCUACUGAGUUAAGAUAAGUAAUGGGAACAAAUGACUGGGUUGAGUCUCCAGGAAAAGGAGGCUUCAUAUCAAUAACAAGGAAAAUUGGAUUUAAGUCUUUUUUUUCUAGGAAUUCCUGCCCCAAGUCAUUUAUAUAUUUUUAAAAAUAUUUUUUUCUAAUGUUAAAAUACUGGGACCAAAUUAGUCAAUUGUAAAAAUGAAAGCAAUCAAAUUAAGAAUCUCUAUUGGCAAAGCAGAGAGAGUUUAGAAGAAAAAAUAACUCCUAAAUCUAUGUUUCUGCCUGUUUUGAUAAAGUAAACCAUCUAUCCAUCCAAACCUCAUUUAUUCAACUAAUAUUUAUUUAGAGUAUACUAAAAGCACUGCAUUGUAUGGGUAACACCUAAAUAAAAGGAACAUUUUUCCUCACUUCAGAAUUUGACAGUCUAGAUUUAAUUGGAAUGACAUUUUAAUUUCUCCAUGAGUUCAAAUAAUCAGAUUGCAUAGACUGUUUUGUGAGUAGCUAUCAUAUAAUCUGUUGUUUAGUAAGAGAUCUCCUGUGAACUCAUUAAGGACAUGAAUUAAACAUCCUUCAAAAUAUUGAAGUUGACAAAUAUGAUAGUUUCAAUGUUAUCAUCAAAAUAUAAACUGGUCUAGAAGGAUAUUGUAUCACCAACUAAUUAGCUUAUCUAGAGUCUAACUUCACCAUUAAAUCUGUAGCCGAUGGUGGUCUUUGGCCAAGAACCUUGGAGGUAUUUGGGUAUUUUUGUUUUUGUUUUUUUCCAGCUAUGAGGAGAAAGGCAAGAUGACUAUGGUAGAGCAGGAGAGGGGUUUGUGAGAUCCCUUCUAGUGAAGUUCAACCACAGACUUCCCAGGGUUAAAAACACAGAAUGAUUCAGGGGCCACAACCUAAUAGCUCAGAGCUCUUUUACCCACUCAGAAAAGUCUCCAGGAAAAGAGACCUCAUCUCAGUACUUAUGAAAAAUUGAAUAUAAGCCUCCCUUUCUAGAUAAGUACACACUGAGGCAUCACUGAUAGCCCCCUUUUGGAUACUAUACCUUGACUUCUUUUUUUUUUUCUGAUUUACAAUAUUCAUGUGGUUUGUACUGGGAUAUGGAAAACAUAAUCAUUUAUUUUGGAGCAAAGAAGAAAAAAUAACUUUUAACUGUCAAUGUAACAGAAAUACAUUUAGAGAAUAUAGUCUCCUUCCUCUUAAGAACAUAAGACUCUUACAUGUCAAGUAAUCUCCCACUUUUGCAAGUAUAAUCCAAAAUGACCCAAAAUACUUCACAAUAGCACCAUUGCAUCAUUCCUUGUGAAUGAUUUCUGUAGUAUAUACUUGAUUUCAGUAGUUUGGGAUUUUUUGUUUGUUUGUUUUAUUUUUGUCCCCUUAAGAAAACAUAUUUCAGUGUGUUUAAGAGGGAAGGAAAAAAAAGAGUUUCAUUUGUUGCAGAGAAUAUCUUAUUUAACCCAGUAGAGUACAAUUUUAAAAAUGCCAAUUAAAGCCUUCAAAGUGCUUUGGAAUAUCAGAUUCCAGAGGCCAGUUCUGUCCAUGGAAAUAAGCAGAAUCAAUUAUGUAAAUUUGAGAAAAUUAAAAUUACACUGACUAUAUUUUUUAAACCACCCAAUUAGGUGCAUCUUACCUUGACGAAUCCUAUUUUCAAGCGUGGAAAAACUCUGUAGCUAAAGGUUGUUUAAAGAAGUAGUCCGUAAAUAGGUGAGAUGUCCUCUCAACUAGGGUAGGUCUAGAACCCCAAAUCAUCUGUACCACAAAGAGGACAACCCAGCAUCUCUUGAUUUUCUGAAUUAUAUUAGUAGUACAGGUUAGGAUGACAGUCCUUUCUUCAGUAAUAUUCUUAAAAUAACAUUAAAAAACAAUGCAAAAUUCGAAUCCUAUUAAAACACACAAACUAAAAACAAGAGAUUGUAGAUUGGGAAGAAUGACUGAAUAUCUGUAACUUGAGAGAAAAAAAUAGUGUUCUUCUAGGUGUUAUAAUGUGUGUGCUGAUACCUUCUGAAGGAAGGACAUGGCAUGAAGAUUACACACAUUUCCAUGCUAAGGAAAAAUCACUACCAGGAAUGUGAGGUUUGGUGCUAGAUGAAGUUGGAGCAACGAUCAAUGUGCUUCUUGAAGUGGCAAAAAUGAAAAGACAAUUAAAAUUGUUUAAGUCUGACAGGGAAGGAUGUAAAUAUAAGUUUCUCUAGAGCUACCUAACUUUUAUUUCACAACUUGGAUUAUUCAUCCAUCUGUAAUUGUUGAUUAUUUAACUAGUAUAUGUAGUUCAUAAGGUAAUAGAAAAGGUGUUCAUGAAAGCAUGUAUAUAACUGGACAGAACCGUGAUAAUACUAUAAGAUGUAGAUUUAGUUAGGUUAUCAAAUGUUAACUGAUUUUAAUAUUAUUAAAUAAAUCAAACUAGAAAGCUAACCACAAGUAUAAUAUAACAAAAUGAAAUGCAGGAUGUGAAAACGUAGGAUGGAUUUUGCAUAGCGAAAAAAUAGGUUUGCCAUUUACGAUUGUUGUCAUUGAGUUUAGCUGAAAGUAGGCAUAUACGAUUCUGCUUGUGAAAACUUACUUUAAACCAUUACAAUUAAUUUUUUCCCCAUUCUCUUGUUCCUUUAUCACUUUUUAAAUGUAUUAAAUGUAAAGGGAAUUUUUUUGAGUUUGUUUUGCAAACACCACCUUGUAGAAUUUAGCAGGCAAAUAUGUUACAUAUGACUUUAAGUAAGCUGUCUUCAAAAUGAAGUAAAGGAAGCGUAAAUGUUCUAUUACCUUAUGCAGAGACAAAAAAAAAUGAGUGGUGUCAUUAAGUAAACAAACAAAAUACAUUUAAUUUGUGAUAUGUCCUUUCUUUUCCCACAAUGCCCUCUUGCCUCCAAAAACAAGGAAUAACAAUAAAAACAAGGAAUAACAACAAGGAAUAACAAUUUUCUGAUAAAUAAAUGCUAAACCAAGAAUUUCAAACUACUGUAUUACCAUUCUUUUGGACUCUAGUUUGUAGACUGAUGAUUUAUGAUGGGGCAAAUGAGAAAUCCAGGUAUUCAGGUUUCUAGCUGUUGAAAAGCCAGGUAAACUAGCUUCUGCUCUACGUGCUCUGGACAAAGGGGAUCCGCUGUGCCUCUUUUUGUAUACAUGAACUUUGAUGUGUGUCCAUUUGGGGGACAGCCUUGUACCCAUGCAGGCAUAUAAAAGCAGAUUGGUGUCUCUUGGUUGCCACCUGCUUAAGGACAAAUGACAUCAUACAGGUGUAGAUCAGGUAUAAUUUUUAAAGAUCAUUAUCAUAAUGAUCUUUAUUAUUACUGAUACUACAGGGGGGCCAGCUUUUAUAUUUCUGGAUAGGAUGAAUAUAAUUGUUCUGAUCCCAGAGAUCUUUGCAAGAGGAGUUCUCUCCGUAGUUGCAAACAUGAAACUGUUGUGGGCAUUGUGUUAGGCCGAGGGACCCUUGUGUUAUGGGCAAAUAUUUUUUAGCACUGUGGGCUGCUUUGUUCUUUUCAUUAAAAGUCUCUCUAAAACAGAAAUUUCAGACACUCCAUUCAAAUCCUACCAAAAAAUGUGGGAUAUGUCACUUUUGCAGACCCCUGCCUCAUAUCAUUCCCAGCCAGGUGAUAUUUUGGGCAGAAGAAAAUGCUUCUAUAGUCACAAGCUAAAAAGACUCUAAGCUCCAAUUUCAUGGGGGUAUUCACAUGCUUUCCCUGGAAAAUACUCUUUGACAGUCAGCUUUGCAAGUAAGUGAUUACCUUGUUAGGAAUCACAGAAAAAUUCAUCUCUCUCUGACCUUUAGAGAGAAAUAGCACCAUUCCUUUUUUCAUCUUUGACAAAACUGCCCCUGUUCUCUUCACUUUCUACCACCCUAGUUCAAAGUAGCCCUUUCUUAAGCCAUAGUGGAUCUUUGAGGUCUCACACCCUGAUUUGUGAAAUACUGACUUGGCCUUUGUCCUCAAAUGCCUGAUUUUUUCAUAAAAGAUCCUAGCAAUUUGGACAUUGUUUCAAAUCUUUAUCUAAUAAAUCACUGCGCAGAGAAUAAUUUCUGAUAUUAAAAUUGUUUUUCCAUGAAGAUAAAUUCUCUUUGUCCAUCUCUAUAAGAAUUUGAGACAAGCUAGCCCUGUGAUGAAUAUUGAAACUCACAUAUGUGCACAUACCCUUGGUAGAUCUCAGAUUUAAUCUUUCCAUAAAAACUCUACAUACAAGUGAGAAGUUAUUUUUGUCAGCAAACUAAUUUAUUUGCUUUAUUCAUCUUAUUUUAUUCCUGAUAGAAAAUAUUUUAUAGCUGCUGUAUUUUUUUUUCUAAAUGAGGAGUCUUAUUAUCACAAAGGUAAAGGCUGUUCAGCUUUGAGAACCACCUGGAAUUCUUUUUUGGAUCACUCGUCCAUCUAACAAAUAUAUAAUGAGUGCAGUUUCACUUUAAUGAACAUUCAUGUUGUCUAAUAGAAUGCCAUUCUUUCUCUACUUUUGCUCUUUAAGGGCAUUUUUCUUUCAAUGCUCUAGUGAGCAUUCCCCAUAUCAUGAGAAGUGGUUAUAUUUGUACAAAUAUACAAAUAUAGGAAAACAAAGUUUCAUCCCUGUAGGCAAUAGUCUAACUUGUCCAAACCACUUUGCCUUUACUGCUAUUUUUAUCCUUAAUGUGUAGAUGUUUCCCCCAGGCCUGUAGUCCUUUUGAAGGAAAUCAAAUCAUACCUCCUAUAUAUAUAUUGACAUAAACCUGGUUUUCAAGUAUCAUUUCCAGAUUUUUCAGUUAAUGGGGGGCUAUAUCUUUUCCCUUAACAUGAGAGUCAUUUUCCUGUAUAUUUCUGGAUCUCUCAGGGGCUGGGAGGGGGGAGUGAGGGGAUUACAACCAUAGCACUCCAAGAACCCUUUUGGGAUUACUCCAGUAAUCAAUUAUGGAAGUUAUUUUCUAAAUGUAGAUAUGUAAGCUGUUCUUUUAAAGUAAGGUACUUUGAAAUAUGUAGCAUAAACUGGUACUGCUGUUAAAUGGGUCGAUUAUUAAACUGAGCAGCUGUGUGAGGGCAGCUAACUUUGAAUGCACAUCCCACUGGCUGAUGUGUCUACUUCUCAUGUUGGAAGCACCAGAGAUUGUAUUGCUGCAUGUUGAAACUGCAUUUUCACAUGGUAUGACUAGUUCAUCUCUUUCUUGAGCACCAUUGUAACAAGAUCAAAUGAAAAUGAGAUCAACAUGCAAGACAAUUCAUAGCACAAAAAAAGUCAUGUUAAAUCUUCUCUUAAGCACUCAUCUCAUACAUCAAAGUAGUUUAGCAAUAUCAGUUUUGGUGAGAAAGGGAGACACUUUACUGAAAAGGCAGAGGCUUAAGGUAUUAUAAACCUUUGUAUCCAUUUCCUUAUUUUCCUAACUCAUAAACAGAAAACAAGCCCUCUCUCUUGUGAAGUAUCUUCAAAGGACAGGGGUGCAAAAAUACCUUGCUGGUAAGCCAUCAAUGUUUCAUUUAAAUCCAAGCAUUCAAAGUUAGCUGCCUUCUUGAAAUAAACAAACAAAAAAUACUACUGUAUGUUUGAAAAUGUGAAUAGUAUUUUUAUAGCUUGUUAAAGACAUGGCUAGUUGCAUUUGUAAAUAAGGAUAAUGUUGCUUUGAUUUUCUUUUGUGGACAUCUUUAUUUGGAACAUAAUUGUCUUUAGGGUUGAUUUGUAUAUAAGUAAUUGGCUUGUGAUUAUUUCUUUUUUGGUUGGAAGUUAUCAUUUUGACAUUACUUGUGAUUCUGUGUUCAGCACUAUUGUGACGUGUUCAACCUCUGCACUCGCUUACACAAUAGGAUAUGCCAAUUGUGUGUGGUGUGAUGUUAUUUUAAUUUUUUUCUAUUUUAUCUAUGAAGGAUUAUGCACUUAACACAUACUAACUUUUUUAAUGUUAGGUAUAUUUUUAGUAUAAUUUCCCUUAUUCUUCCUUCUCCUCCGAUCCUGUACCCAUUCUCCCAUUCUCAUUCCUUUCCCCAAUUUAUGUUAUUCUUUGAGAAUGAGGGAGAAACAGUAUUUUAAAUUUCUGUAAUUAGGCUUUUCAGUUAGUUCUCAAGGAUCCUCUUUUGGCUCUUGGGAAAGAAUUGUACCUGUACAAGGCAAUUAUAGAAUGCGAACUGCUUUGCCUCAUUCCACACUGAUCAUCCCAGCUGAACAAUUUGAAAACUGUUCUGCCUUUUUGUUACAUGAAUCUGUCAGAAAUAUAUUUUUAAUUUAAUAUAAAUGAAAUUCAAUAAAAUAUGAAACAAAUGUU